AUGUCCCAGCAGAAGGAGCAAGUCUCCGUUCCCAUGGUGUCGCUGGCUAUUCCCCAGGAACCUUAUGCUCCGGGAUACUCUGCUUCAUACACCCCGGAGGCCUACAUAUCACAGCCCUACAAUCCAGAAGUGUAUGCCCCCCAAUCCUACGGCUCGGAAUCACAAAGCUAUAAACAAUAUGCAUCAGAUCCGUACGCACCUGACGCUUCGGAGACUUAUCGCGUCUCAGAUGCUUGCUGCUAUGAGAUUCCAACCCCACCUCCGUACAGCUGUGAAGAAGUGCCUUGUGACGCAUUAGGACCAGUCUGCAUGGACUCCUCCCCACCUGUUGUGGUGGCCGGCAUCUUCUCCAGUAAACCUGCAUCCACCAUCUGCCCCUGUUGCCGACAGAUCAUCACCACUGAGGUGGUCUUCCGUGUGGGAUGCCUAACCUAUGCCCUCUCGGCCUGCCUGUGUCUGAUAGGCUGCUGCCUGUGCUGCUGUCUCUUCCCCUUCCUGUCCAAAUGCUGUAAGGACGUCGAUCAUUACUGCCCCUGUUGCCGAUAUCACAUCUACCGGUACAAAAGGAUCUAG